GCUGGGGCAGGGUGUGAGAGGCCGUGGCAGGGCGCAGCGUGCCAGGCCAUGGCAGAGGCGUGGGGUUUGGGGGCCGGGGGGGCUCUCAGAAGCCCUGGGUGGGUAUUUCCCAACCCUCCACACCCGCUGUCUCUGAGACCAUCGUCAUCUCCUCUCCCCUUGGGGGGGUCUGGACCCCCCGUCCAGCUUAGGCCCUGGGCCAGGAGCUGCCGCACCCCCCCCCUCAAGCCAGCCAAUGGCAUCCCUCGGCCCCGCUUGGGGGGGGGGCGGUGGGCGGAGCGGGGCAUGGGGCAGAGCCGGUGCUGCAGCCACAGAGCCAGAGCGGAGCAGGGGCUGCAGGUUCCCAGCGGAAGGAUGUGGCUAGAGACCCUCGCGUGGGUGGUGGCGGCACUCGGCGUCCUGGCCAGCGCCAGCCCCGCGCCCCAGCUGGGGGCGUCGAUCUUUGCCGACCUGAGCCCGGCGGAGCUGCGGGCGGUGCGGAGCUUCCUGCUGAGCCGGCCGGAGCUGGGGCUGGUGGCCGACCACGGGGACUCGCUGGCCAGCAACAGCCUCUUCCUGGUGGAACUGCAGGUGCCCCGGAAGAGCCAGGCCCUGCAGUUCCUGGACGGGGGCAGCCCCCGCCCACCACGCCUGGCCCGCGCCAUCGUCUUCUUCGGGGAGCAGGCCCAGCCCAACGUCACCGAGUUCGUGGUGGGGCCCCUGCCCCGGCCCAGCUACUACCGGGCCGUGAGCUACAAGGGCGGGCGGCCCAUCCCCUUCGCCGCGCGGCCCGUCACGCUGCUGGAAUACGAGCUGAUGCACCGCAGGCUGGUGGAGCUGACGGAGCCGCUGUACCGGCUGCUGCGUGACACCACCGGCUUCUGGUACCACAACUGCAGCCGGCGCUGCCUGACCUUCUCGGACGUGGCGCCGCGCGGGCUGGGCCCCGGCGAGCGCCGCUCCUGGCUCAUCCUCCAGCGCUUGGUGGAGGGGCACUUCCUGCACCCCGUGGGGCUGGAGCUGCUGCUGGACCACCGCUCCCGCGACCCCCGGCGCUGGGCCCUGCAGCAGCUCUGGUACAACGGGCAGUACUUCGCCAGCGCCCAGGAGCUGGCCUGGCGCUACGAGCGUGGGGAGCUGGCCCUGGCCCGCCCGCCCACGCCCGAGCUGCUCUUCUCCACCUACGUGCCCCGCGGCCACUUCGGCACCGGCACCCCCACGGACGUGCACGGGGCCAAGGUGUGCGAGCCGCAGGGCAAGCGCUACCGGCUGCAGGGCAACCUGGUGGAGUAUGGGGGCUGGCGCCUUGCCCUGCGGCUGCGCUCCUCCGGCGGCAUGCAGCUCUUCGACCUGCGCUUCAACGGCGAGCGGCUGGCCCACGAGCUGAGCGUGCAGGAGGCUGUGGCCUUCUACGGGGGCAGCACGCCGGCCGCCAUGCAGACCAAGUACAUCGACACCGCCUGGGGCAUGGGCACCCUGGCCUACGAGCUGGCGCCCGGCAUCGACUGCCCCGAGGUGGCCACCUACCUGGACGCGCAUCACCUGUACGACGCGGCGGGGCCGGUGCGCUACCGCCGCGCCCUCUGCCUCUUCGAGCUGCCCACGGGCGUGCCCCUGCGGCGCCACUUCGACAGCGACUUCCGGGGCGGCUACCGCUUCUACGGGGGGCUGGAGGGGCAGGCGCUGGUGCUGCGCACCACGGCCACCGUCUACAACUACGACUACAUCUGGGACGUGCUGCUCUACCCCAACGGCGUGCUGGAGGCCAAGGUGCACGCCACCGGCUACAUCCACGCCACCUUCUACACGCCGCAGGGCCUGCGCUACGGCUCCCGCGUGCACCGCGACGUGCUGGGCAACCUGCACACCCACCUGCUG